AUGGAGCAAGAGUUAGUUCAAAGAUGGGAAGGCAAAGUUUCAACCAAACUCCAAAACACCACCGAACACCAAGCUUGGCCACUCGUCAAAGACUUCUUCAACCUCCACAAACGUUUCCCUAACCUCGCCACAUGUUACGGCAUCCACGGAUCCAACGGUGAGCCCGGAUGUAUACGAUACUGCGCCGGAUUCUCCCUCCCAUCGGACGGGUCUCAAGAAGUGAGCUGGUCGAAGGAGAGAUUGGUAGCCGUUGAUGAUGUUGAGCGGUGUCUUACGUAUGAGAUCGUGGAUUGUAAUAUUGGGUUUAAGUCGUACGAGUCAACGAUGAGGGUUAUCGGCGACGGUGACGGUGGUUGUGUGAUUGAAUGGUUAUUCGCCGUUGAUCCUGUUGAUGGUUUGGAGUCGGAGGAUUUGGUGGGAAAGUACGGUAUUGGCCUUCAGGUUAUGGCUCGGAAAAUGGAGGAAGAGAUUGCAACUUCUGUGCAAAGGAAUGGAAUGUAG